AUGUUUGGGGUGGUGCGGAUCAUGCGCCUGGCGCGGGUGCUGCACCUCGUAGUGGAGCUCCGCACCAUGGUGUCCUCCAUUGUGGCCUCGCUGAAGCCGCUCUUCUGGGCUGCCAUCUUGUUCUCGAUGCUCAUCUACGCGGUGGCGGUGGCCAUGACCCAGAUGGCGAACGAAUUCCGCGCCAGUGCCAGCGAUCCCAAGCUGGAGAGGUACUUUUCCAACCUGGGCACGGCGGUCUUGGCGCUUUGGGAGUGCAUCUCUGGGGGCAUGGACUGGCAGGACAUGGCCCAGCCCCUCAUCGAGGACGUGUCGCCCAUGAUGGCCUUGGUCUUUUCGGCUUAUGUUGCGUUCUCCAUGUUGGCGAUGAUGAAUGUCAUUACAGGCAUUUUUGUGGAUAAUGCCAAGACCUACGCACAGCAGGAUAAGGACACCUACGUGGUGCGACAUGUCUUGAACCUGUUCAAGAAGUCGGACCUGAACGCGGAGAAUGCCAUUGAUUGGACGGUCUUCCAGGCCAAGCUGAACACGCAGGAGCUCCAGGAGCUCUUUGCCGCGGUGGAGGAGCCUCUUCAAGCGCGGGCGCCCGGCUUCGGAAGGCGCUCGCGAUGA